GUCAUAAGAUGAUUUGUUAAGUUCCUUCAUCCUGGAUGGCUGCAAGAAUAGCACAUCUGUUUCACAAUUAGUACGCAGAAGGUCAAUUAUUAAUAUAAUCAAAACUAAGUGCUAAACCAUAGGUCAAGCUUCCCCUCCUUGCACUGAAUGAACCAAUGGUUUUAGUGCUUCACAUAAUCACUACUGCUGGCCUUAUGGCAUGGGUGUGGCAAGAUGGUAUGUAUGUAGGACACCUAAAGGUGGUAUAGCUUAUAGCAGGCCAUGACAGCAGUGACCUCUGGUUUACUGGUCCUGGACUCUUGUGGUCCAAGUAGCUCCCCAGCCUUAUACUCUAUGUGGUAGACAGCAACUGUACCCCUCAAGGGAGCAAUUUAUUCCAGUUUAAGGUGCUUCAUUUUAAAAUUGUAGCUACCCUCCUUUUCUUUGGACUAAAUCUGAUUGCUUCCUAUUCCCCAAGGCACUGUAUAACCAUAUAGCCUCUACAGGUUUAUAGCCCCUUCCCCAUGAAAUAAAUAAGUACAGUAGCAUAAUACAGGAAACAAAUACCUAUUGGAUAACCCCAUGCUUGACUUAACCUGAGUAAAAACUCAAGAGCACAUAAAAGCCCCCAAAAUUUGGAACUCAGCCAGAAGAGUCCAAAGGCUACCUAUUUGUUCAAUAUAUCCCAACACACUAAUUCUAACUGACCUUGCUGAUUCUCUCUAACUUUCUUAACAAACUAACUUAAAGCAUCAACUUUGAUUUUACUUUUCCUCUUGCAUUCUCUCCUACCCCCCCCACUAACCCCUCCUCUCUCACAUUCCUUCCCUUCACUUCCUCAUCUUUGCACAUUACUCUUUUCGCACAUCCUUAGCUGAAUUGCUGUAUGACCCUUUUGGGUUUGGCACUAAAUUUGAUUACAUUAUUGUUGUACUACAGUAUGCUAAUAUUUUUAUCAAAGAUAUAUUUUAUGAUGUAGCGUAAAAUAAAACACAGCUCGAGUUAGAACACACAAAGAAUCUGUAAAAAAAUUCAAUACUACUUUAGAUCAAUGUGAACUAUAAUCUCUCUCUCUUGAUAAUGUCAAUAAGUAUAAUUUAGCUCUUAAUAACCUUGAUAUAUUUUAUCAGAAGUGUGCUGACAUUACAAUUCAGAUUAUCUUCUUGACCGCAACAUCAACUCCUUCAGAGUGCAGGCACUACCCUUCCCACUUCCAGGGCUCGAAGUCUGGUUAACUGGUUACCCUGAAACCCUUCAUGAAAAUUACCUUGCUCACUCUCCAACAGCAUAUCCAUUAAAAAUACUUGUCUCCAUUCACUCCUAUCUAAUGAACACUUGAACAAAUCUGCUGGAUGCUCAAGCCCCUAAAACUCAAAGCCUCUUGUACCCCUUCCCUCCAACCAUUCCUGGGAUGACCCCUUACCCUAUUAUCUUCCACUCUUGUACCCUCUUUCUCAACCUAUCCCACUCCAUGUUCUCUGCAUGCCCAAACCACCAACACCUCUCCUCGGCCCUCUGAAUUAUGCUUUUGGUGAUCCUACAUCGCCUUUUUAAUUUUUACACUCCAGAUUUUCUGCAUUGCUCACAAACAUGAAUCUCCCAUUUCCUCUAGCUGCCACCUCACUGCAGUGUUCAGAAAGCAUGCCUCACCACACAUACAAAAGGAUGAGAGAGCAAGAAAGAAAAGCGUGACAAGAUUCUAUUAUUACUGGCAAAAUGAGAGUAACGGGAUUAAUCCCAGCACGAUUCUUAACACUGACAUCUCAUGUGGUGCUUCUAAUCAGUGUGUUAUUGGCUAGGGAGGAAAAUGUUCUUGCUUGCUUGCCAGUAGACUUCAUGGAAGUUGAUUAUAGGAGGCGUGAUGGAGAAUUUCUUGGAGGACUGAUAGCUGGCCUUGCUUUAACAGCCCUUGAAUAUGUUGGCUUCAUGACUGGAAUUUCCAUGUUCACAGGCUUACCUUCACUUAUAUCUAUUGCUUGUCACACUGGUGCUUCCAUUAGCCUGGCAUACAUGGUAAUGGAUUCUUGGGACUGUCAGCUUUAUUGGUGGGUUUUUGGAUUAACCUCUGCCUUGCCAGCCAGCAUUGAAGUAGGAGUUAUGAUUAAUGUGCUGAUGCUCAGGAAGAGUAUAUAAUAAUGUGCCUAUAUACUAGAUUAUGAUUUUCCAAGAAAACUUAAAAAAUAUUUUGUAUUUCAUAUGACUUAUCUACUUUUCACAAUAGGAUGCAAACCUGUUUGUACUGCAAACAUUAUCUGGUGCCCAGAACUGUCAACAAGUACAAAAGAAGCACAGAACUGUACUAUGUAGAAAAUCAUUAAUAAAAUACAUAGUGAAAUCAAAUUGACUUAUUUUGCACACUAUCUCUAAAAUGAUAAAUAUGUUUUACUGAUGUUCAAAAAGGUGAUAGAAAAGAUGCUUUUAACCAUAGGUUUGCCUUAUUGACAAACUGACAAGCAUUCUUUUUAGAAUGCUGAAAAAAAAACAUUAAAAUAAAUAACAUACUUAGAAAAAAAAAAAUAGCAAAAAGUGCAGUGUUCAUUCAACAAAUUUGUAUACAGCCUCUUCUCACUUUGCGACGUAGUACUUGUUUACCGACGCCUCGGACUUACGACGGACUCUCUGACCAGUAUUCAUACCUAAAUUAUGUAUAUUAGAGCUGAUUUCUUCUGUUUUGGUUAUAUCAAUAUAUAGUACACUACUGUAUAAACAUUUAAAAAUAUACCAGAAAUGUUUUAAAUGGUGCAAAAGUGACAUUAAAAUAAUAUCAAAGAUGGCUGACACAAACUCACUACCAUUACGGUAUGCUCUUCACUUAGCAACGACGUGGUCUUAGUAACGGAACUCUGUUGAUAAGUGAGGAGAGGCUGUAUUAUCUAUUAUCUGAUCUAUUAAGCUACUAACACAGUCAGAAAUUAUUCAAGACUGCUAACCUAAAUAAACUUUUGGUGAAUAUAAUAAUCAUGAUACUGUUUCAACCCCUUCUCCUGUAUAUAUUACUAAAUGUAAGAGGAGAAACUCUUUUUUUUUCUUUUGGGCCACCCCACCUCGGUGGGAUAUGGCCGGUGCGUUGAAAGAAGAAGAAUACUGUUUAAGAAUAAAAUUCAUUGGUAAAUUGCAUUUAAGGUGGGAGACGGCCGACUUGUUGAAAAAAAAAAAAUCAGAUUUUAGAGAUUCUGAUAGUUCAUGAAAGAAUAAUCUGGAAAUUUCAAAACUGUGAAUAAAAAGCAAAACUAUCACAUCAGACAAGAUAGAUGUUGUUUUCAAUGUCAUGACUUGCACACUUUUCCCUCCCUUCCCUCAGAAAGCCCCCCAUCUCUACUGCAUGAAUGCACACAUGCAUGGUGUUUUUUUUUUUUUUAACAUGCUGAUUUACUGCAUCGUCUGUGACUCCCAUCUUUUCAGCUGAUGUCCUUCCUUCAACAUCUCUACUUGUUCCCCUUUCUUCACAAUCAUCUCUCAUUUCUGCCAUGCAACACUGAAUGAUCCUUAUGGGUUUAGUACAUUACAUUAAUACAGUAUAAUAAUAAUAAUAAUAAUACUUGGGAGUUGACGUGUCGGCGGAUGGAUUUAUGAAGGAUGAGGUUAAUCAUAGAAUUGAUGAGGGAAAAAAGGUGAGUGGUGCGUUGAGGUAUAUGUGGAGUCAAAAAACGUUAUCUAUGGAGGCAAAGAAGGGAAUGUAUGAAAGUAUAGUAGUACCAACACUCUUAUAUGGGUGUGAAGCUUGGGUGGUAAAUGCAGCAGUGGAGAUGUCCUGUUUAAGGGCAAUGUGUGGUGUAAAUAUUAUGCAGAAAAUUCGGAGUGUGGAAAUUAGGAGAAGGUGUGGAGUUAAUAAAAGUAUUAGUCAGAGGGCAGAAGAGGGGUUGUUGAGGUGGUUUGGUCAUUUAGAGAGAAUGGAUCAAAGUAGAAUGACAUGGAAAGCAUAUAAAUCUAUAGGGGAAGGAAGGCGGGGUAGGGGUCGUCCUCGAAAGGGUUGGAGAGAGGGGGUAAAGGAGGUUUUGUGGGUAAGGGGCUUGGACUUCCAGCAAGCGUGCGUGAGCGUGUUAGAUAGGAGUGAAUGGAGACGAAUGGUACUUGGGACCUGACGAUCUGUUGGAGUGUGAGCAGGGUAAUAUUUAGUGAAGGGAUUCAGGGAAACCGGUUAUUUUCAUAUAGUCGGACUUGAGUCCUGGAAAUGGGAAGUACAAUGCCUGCACUUUAAAGGAGGGGUUUGGGAUAUUGGCAGUUUGGAGGGAUAUGUUGUGUAUCUUUAUAUGUGUAUGCUUCUAGACUGUUGUGUUCUGAGCACCUCUGCAAAAACAGUGAUAAUGUGCGAGUGUGGUGAAAGUGUUGAAUGAUGAUGAAAGUAUUUUCUUUUUGGGGAUUUUCUUUCUUUUUUUGGGUCACCCUGCCUCGGUGGGAGACGGCCGACUUGUUGAAAAAAAAAAAAAAAAAAAAAAAAUAAUAAUAAUAAUAAUACAGUGAAUGAUAGAUUAUGGUUGAAAGGAAAAUAUGAACAAUAAAAUACAGUAAAAAUGUCCUCAUGGGGUAAUGUUACAAAUGGGAAUAAGUGGGAUAUUAUUGAGAGUAAUUUGGGGAAUGAGGUUUCGAUUGUUUGCAGGAGGGGGUGGGAUCAUGAGCAGUGUGGGCAAAGACAGAUGUGCAGUUGUUGGCCAAAAAUACACUGUUGCAGGGAUGAUUACUAUUGCUUCACUUCAGCAGUGGCUGUCAAAUGUAAGUUUUUCAGUUUCUGCAGUAUUUCCAUUGAUCAUGGAAAGGACAGAUGAAAGUGUCUACAUAAUUUGAUGAUAGAUAUUAGUUUCAGGUGGCUAUGAAUAUCAACUUGAUUUAUAACCCAAACUAUGACUUUCUCCUUUCAUACUUGUAAGGACAGAAUCAGGGCCAGCAACAACAGGUUGUCCAGCUAAGUCUGGCUCUGGGCUGCUACCAUGAAUCAUGUCUGUGCAGGGUUUAGCAUUUAAUUUUAUUACGUCAUUAUUAUUAUCCACACCACUGCGACAAGUAGUGCCAGCUUUCUUAUGACACAGUCCCAGGAUGCCUUACUCAGAAUUAACAGAGCAAGGCUUAAAAAAUACUCAUUUAGACUGAGUCGCUAGCAAAAUUCGGCUAGCAAUGAGUGAGGGCGAAUUGGCAAGAAUGCUGAAAGUUACACACCUUCAUUCACCAACCUUGGAUCUGCAACAAGUGACCUCAGUAAUAUUCUUGCAACCAGACAGCCACUGGAUGUACCACCCAAUGUGUCAUCAGAAGGUUCACCUGAUGGUUAAAUCCUCUUUUGGUUUUGUAGACCACUUCAGCAAUGCAGUUGGUGGGAAAACAAGGAAUAACAGAAUGUCCCCUUUCUUAAAACCCUGCAGCAAAAUUUAAAGAAAAAAAUUAUUCUUUACAUAACUUACUUAAAGGAGGGGGAGAGGGUAGGAUGCUAUGUUCUUAGGAUAAGUUGCAUUACAGUAAUCCAGAAUCAGGGGUCCUUUCAUACUUGUAUUUACCCUCCACACCAUCACACAAUACCCUAGUAACUGUAUUACAGAUAAUCACUAAGCAAAUCUGAAAUAAGUGGUUAGUGUAGAGAGAAAUAAUAAUUUUUCUUGUUUAUUAUAAAAAUUUACAUAAAGAAUACAGUACAGUACAGAAUUUAUAAGAUGUGAAAAUUUCUGUUCUUAAAUAUACUGUAUAACCAAAAUCAUAUUCUACCAUUUAUAAAAUAUAUACAAGUAUAUAUUCUGCUGGGGUUAGAUUUGUUUGUCAUUAAAAAUCAAUUAAUGAUUUUUGGUACCUAAUCUUUUUCUUGCUGCAUUUGAAAAACAUGCAAAAUUUUCU